GUCAGAACUUAAUACUGGCUAAAUAAGCAGAUUUGUGUUUGUUAUUGCUGAUGUAACUAAAUCCUCAUGUCUCCAAAAGUGGCCACUUUCCAGGAGAAGGAAAAACUAAAAUAUAAUCUCUGUUUCUGAAAUUCUACAUUUCCUUUGGUUCACAUGUUCUCUGAGCACAGAUCUCACAAAUCUGUCUUUUGGGCACUGAUUCUUAACAAAACAAUAGAAAUUCUAAAUGUGAUUAUGAUUAAAAAUCUGAAAAAUAUGGAAAAUGUAAUGAAAAAUCAAAUGUGCAGAAAAAUCAGUUUGAUUUUUAUCCAAAAUAUAAUUACAAACAUAUAUUCAUCACUUUAGACCAAUCAGAAUAAGUUCUGUGCCAUUUUUCCUUCUUUUAUGAAAUUUAGCUGCUGGAAAUGAAUAUAAGGUUUUAGUAAUUUUGCAAUUUCGUAAAAAUUUAGGUAAUAUUGGAUUACUGUCCAUCACAAAAUCUCCACACAAUGUAAAGAACAUCUGAGGUUUUGAAACAGAUAGAAUUGUAGAUAGAUACCUAGAUACCUAGAUAGAUAGAGGCAGUGUUUCUGGCGCCCCCUGUCUGCUGUAGCUGUUCUUUACAGCACUGUCUGAGCUGGACAGUCAUACCGAAACCUGCCGUCGCCUAACAUGUUACAGAGCUUGAUGCAUUGCAUCAUAUUGUGUUCGGUGUUGAGUUUAAUCUCAGACUGGCCUGUCAGGUUCUUACGCUGACGUUGACUCGGCGCAGUACCGACACAGGACUGAUUAAACCCAUAAACUGAAAUAUCUGCGUUUCUGUACAGUUUUAGACUGUUAGAGCUCAUUAGCCACGUCUGUAGCGUGGAAUGAUUAUCAUUGACUCAUUUGCAGUGAGAUAAACUGUAAAAUAUCAGCUUUAAAAAAGGAUGUGUUACACAACACACUGUUAGUCUGGGUUUAAUAUAUUCUAUAUUGAUUUUAACUGAUUAGCAGCUGCUUGUUGCUGAUUUUGUGGCCUUUAGAGUAGAGACAUUUCCGUCUGUGUCUGGUAUCACAUUUUUAUAGCAUAAAUCUAACUGUAUUCACAGUGUGUGCUGUCUUGUAUUGGGGAAAAUGAAUAUGACCCCAUUCAUACACACUACUGAAUACUAUAUAUGUGAGAAGUGGUCUAAAUUGGUUAAGAAAUGUUGUUUAUUUAUAUGUCAGAUGAACAUCUAACAGUAAACAUGAGAAUUUUUUGAUUGCAUGUGAUUUUCAUAGAUGAACUAGCAAUCAGAUUAGGAUUUUCUGUUGUCUCAUUAAAAAUCAGUGACAAAGACUGAAUUUAAUAACAAUAAUUAUUUAUAAUAGAGAAGUUUUUAUGGAUUCCAGUUGAAGUUAAAAAGAUUUCAGAAUAAUGUAUUACAGAAGUGACCGAGUUAUCAUAGUUGGCUGCGGAUUGAAUGUGAAUUAUCACUGCACUGCUGAAGUGCUGUGUUAAUGUCGCCCUCUGGUGGACCCGGCUGGUCACUGCAGCCUCAGUGCCUCAGUUAGGACAAGUCUCCACUUGUAAAAGCUGCUUUGCCCAGACAUGUACGAGGAAGACGGGAAGGAGCUCUGAGUCACGCGCUCUGCUUUAAAAGCCUGAGCACAGCCAGGUUAUCAGUUCAGUUCCUUCACUCUGAAGCAGACGCAUCCUGCUGGAGCUGCUGGCUGAAGAGCUCAGGGGCGAAGAUGUGUAAGAUCAUGUCGUUCCAUAAGCGUGUUCUACGUUCUCUGGGUAACGGUCCUGCUCGGAGGAACCUGUUUGGUCCGGUGGAUCGUGAGCAGCUGCAGGCGGAGUACAGAGACGCUCUGCGGAAGGAUCUAGAGGACGCGUCGCGCCGCUGGGGCUUCGACUUCCUCUCCGAGAAGCCCCUGGAGAGCGGAGAUUUUCAGUGGGAGGGGGUCCCGGGGGCCCGCGUACCCGCCCUGUACCGGUCCUGCAUUGUGGGGGAGGAGCCAGUGCCUCAGAGGGCGGAGUCCACAUUGGCCGUCGCCACGACAACGGGUCCGACUCGGCCCACGAUCGGAAAAGAGAACGUCCCCACAACACCAGAGAGGUACAGCAGCGCCCCGGAGAACCUGGAGAAAACGCCCGAGAAAAACAACCCGCUGAAGAGGAAACAGACCAACAUCACAGAUUUCUACCAGGCCAAAAGACGAGUCGUGGCCACUCCCAGGAAAUCAGGGCAGUGACUCACAGCACUGCCGAGAAACCUGCCACACACACACACACACACACGCACACACACACACGCACACACACGCACACACGC